AUGAUGAAAGUGAUCCUCGUUAUCUCGGCGCUAGUCGCCAUCGCUGCCGCAAAGCCUUAUGUAGUGAGUGCUCCUCUAGUCGCUGCUCCAGCACCCGUUGUUACCGCCAGUAGUUCUCAGUACUACCAUCGUUUUAACAACGGCUUGGCCUAUGUCGCGCCUGCUGCCGCAUACGUCGCCCCAGCUGCAUCCUAUGUAGCUAGCCCUUACGUAGCCAGCCCCUAUGUAGCCGCUGCGCCCUAUGUAGCUGCACCCUCUGUUGUUGCCGUU